AUGAUGCGAUGUUGUGCCAUACUGGCAACGUCAACGCCCAAUAUUGCACAAUCUCAGGUAUCCAAGAUUAAACCCUUGAACAGCGGUAUCCUGAUUUCAAAACUGCCAUUAGUUGCUCCGCGCCUGUAUUCUGGAAAACGAAGUGAGAGCUAUGCGGACGCAAGAGCAAAGCCGAGUAGCCGCGAAAAGAGUCCCGAAAGCCUUGCCGGAAUUGGGUCGCAUAUGAAGCUUGGCAUUGCCCCUCUCCAUCGCACGUGUUGCGGGGUGCAGGAUCUUGCCCAGAUUCGCAUAACCAGAUCUCGUGCAAUCUACAUUCAUCUCCACGACACUCGCUUCAACAAGUCAUUGGCAGAUGCUCUCCGGCAGAGCGGAAGCUUACUAAGGUCAGCCGGCAGGAACCAUUUAACCCAUAGUAAAUACAAAAACCUCAUUGGACACCUUCCAUUUUGCGUCAAGAUUCUUUCUCCUUUAUCUGUUCGGUUGCACCUUAGAAUAGCGGGCUCUGCUGCAUAUAUAGCACUCAUCGAUGACGGGCGACCUCAACAUCCUGCCAUAGUACAUUCAAAUACGUUCAUGAGGCGUAUGGAGGCAAAUCGUGGGUCACUUACCGAACCCGUUAGGGAACAUAUAAUCCUAAUCCUGCUAAUGCUGGUAUUGGCAGUGGAUACCUUGAAUCAAUUACAAACACCGCGUCACGCCUUGAAUCCUCCCUGGGCAACCACUCGGGCCCACUCCAUCCAUCCUUUCCCUGGGUAUUCUUUCAUUUCCGUCCUGAGCGGCAGACACGGCAGAUGA